CUAAUGACGAUUUUGGAUUCUUGGUCGUUCAUAAUUAAAUAGUGAAAAUUAAAAUGGGUAAUUAAUUCGGCCAAAAAUCAAGCCUUCUCUUAGAAGAGACGCCUGUCCUAUGCUCCGAAAUCAGAAAUUCUGGGAAAGACCAAGUAAUGAUCCAAAGAGAUUACUAUUUAACUCACUUGCGGACAAACGAAAGGACAACAUGCUGAAUCUUUUAUGUUUCUUUAUAAAGGCUACCUCAGACUGCUGCUGCUGCUUCAUUACUGUGUUCGGUGUAGCAGAGAAACUUUCAAACCGUCCGAAAUAUAUGGGCGAAGUGGUGAAAGAGAGUGGGGAGAUUAAGGAGAGAUGGGGAAGAUUUGUUGAAGAGUUGAAGAAGGGAAGCCGUAUAGCGGCUCCCAUGGUGGCAGUCUCCGUGUUGCAGUACCUUUUGCAAGUUGUUUCCGUGGUUAUGGUGGGACAUGUGAGCCAACUCGCGCUUUCUAGCGUCGCCAUUGCCACCUCUCUCACAAAUGUCACCGGGUUCAGUCUUCUUUCAGGAAUGGCAGGUGGAUUAGAAACUCUAUGCGGACAGGUGUAUGGGGCCCAACAAUAUCGAAAGCUUGGAAUCCAUACUUACAGUGCAAUUAUUUCUCUCAUUCUGGUUUGCUUCCCUGUCAUUAUUCUAUGGAUCUUCAUGGACAGAUUCUUAAUUCUCAUCAGCCAAGACCCUGCAAUCUCGCAUGAAGCUCGAAAGUACUCCCUCUGGCUCAUCCCUGCAUUGUUUGGAAGUGCAGUCCUUAAAUCACUGACAAGAUAUUUGCAGACUCAGAGCUUGAUUCUUCCAAUGCUCAUGAGUUCAUUUUUUAUCCUGUGCUUCCAUGUUCCUGUAUGUUGGACUCUUGUUUUUAAAUUAGGAUUGGGAAAUCUUGGUGCAGCUUUAGCCUUCAGUUUAUCCACAUGGUUGAAUGUGAUUCUGCUUGGAAUUUAUGUGGUGUACUCUUCAGCCUGUGAGAAAACUCGUGCACCAUUGUUGAAAGAAGCUUUUCUUGCCAUUGGACACUUCUUUCGCUUGGCUGUACCUUCUGCCAUAAUGGUUUGUCUUAAAUGGUGGUCAAUGGAGCUGCUAACUUUAUCAUCAGGGUUCUUACCAAAUCCAAAGCUGGAGACUUCAGUGCUUUCUAUAUGCCUUACAAUCUCGACACUGCAUUUCACCAUUCCUUACGGAUUUGGUGCCGCUGCAAGUACCCGGGUUUCAAAUGAAUUGGGAGCUGGAAAUCCUUUAGUAGCUCGACUGGCUGCGUGGGCUGCACUGUUUCUUGCUUCCAUAGAGGCAGUGAUAGUAAGCACAGUACUCUUCAGCUGCCGCCAUGUUCUGGGAUAUGCCUACAGCAAUGACAAACAAGUUGUUAAAUAUAUAGCAGUCAUGACACCUCUGAUUUGUCUCUCAGUUAUUACAGACAGCUUACAAGCAGUCUUUUCCGGGGUUGCAAGAGGAAGUGGGUGGCAGCAUAUAGGUGCAUACAUAAAUCUUGGGGCAUUUUACCUGGUUGGUCUUCCUGUUGCUGGAGUACUGGGUUUUGUAGCUCAUUUAAAAGGGAAAGGUCUUUGGAUUGGAAUAGUGGCUGGCUCAGUUGUGCAAGCAUCUUUUCUUGCCCUUAUAACAAGUCUAACCAACUGGAAAAAACAGCCAAGGCCAGAGAGCGAGUGUUUGAAGGGAGUUCUGAACAGAACAGCUGAGUCAAGCAGUAUAUAUGGAACAAAAGACUGAUUCCAAGCUGAAUUUUGAGGAAUGGAAAUAUGCAUCAGAUCACCUUGAAAUGAAAUUUGUUUACAUCUUGAGCUAUUCUUGCAUGUGGAAGACUUCUGUUCUUAUAUCAACUCUGUAAUUAAUAUUAAG